UCUCGAAUUAAAGUCAUUAAGGACCCGCGUGUCGCCGGAGGUUUCAUAGACGUUCAAAUCACAUACUCAAAUGUCAGUCAGACAUUCGAAUGGAGUAGCACUGGGCCAGUCCAGCAAGGCGCAGUUUGCUCUACGCCGCGCAUGCGCAGCGGCGGUGCGACACGCGGACUGCGUGCGCGACUCGCGGCGCCAUCUGCUGGAGAUUGUCAAGACACUUUAUAUUGGACGGCUCUUACCUAAGUGGGUGACCCAAGGCACGGAGAUGUUCAACCAGAAGCCAGAGCGCGGCAUCGAGUUCCUGCAGGAGCAUGGAGUGCUGACCACGCCGCUAGACCCGCACGAAGUCGCCAUCUUCCUCAGAGAAAACCCGGAUUUGGACAAGAAAAUGAUUCGUGAAUAUAUCUGCAAGCGCUCGUCUCGCGGUGAAGACGAGGACGGUGGUCCCUCAGUCCUGGGCGCCUUCGCCGACAUCUUCGACUACGCCGGCUUGAGGAUCGACCAGGCUCUGCGACUGUAUCUGGAGACAUUCAGACUGCCCGGAGAAGAACCACUCAACUUCCGCGGUAUGUAG